CUACAGCUCAUUCCAAAACAGCAACAGCAACGAGAGCACGUGUAGCCGCACAAUCUUGUCCGACUAAAGUAAAUAAUGGAAUCCGAUCAGGAAGAUGAGGUUCCAAACGUUAACUUCGUGCCCAGCUUGCUAUUUGUCAAGCGUGGGGUCGCCAAAGCGAACCCGGAGAAGGUAACCUUGACUCCAGCGGAGCUGGCUAGGAUUAUCAACGACACGAGGGACGAUUUGGAAGAUGAGGGCGGUGAAGAUAUGGAUACAUCCGACGAUGAAGAGAAUGAGGAAAGCCGAGCAAGACUGGCAAACAGAGCGCAGCAAAGCGUUGGAGCAGCUAGCAGCAGAGGAGCUGAAGAUGAAUAUGGUUUUGAACAGUACGAACAGGAAUCGGGAGAACCAGUUGUCAGGCUCAGUUCGGUAGCAGUUGUCGAUCCCGCUGAGAACAUCCAAGACGAUGAUGAUUCAGAAGCGGAGGAUGAAGUUAUCAAACCAACGGACAAUCUGAUUUUGGUUGGACAUGUUCAAAACGACAGCGCUUCGAUGGAAGUUUACAUUUUCAAUGAUGAGGAAGGAAGUUUAUACGUUCACCAUGACUUUCUGUUGCCGAGUCCUCCUUUGUGUAUUGAGUGGCUCAGUUUCGAUCCGGGCAGCGAUAAAUCCGGCAAUUUAUGUGCCAUCGGUUGCAUGGAUCCGGUGAUAACUUUGUGGGAUCUUGAUAUACAAGAUUCUCUGGAACCAAUCUGUAAGUUGGGCUCCAAGGGAAGCCGUAAGAAAAACAAACCCAAAAUUGGACACUCAGAUGCUGUAUUGGAUCUUUCCUGGAAUCGGCAUUUAGAACACAUUCUGGCGAGUGGUUCCGUGGAUCAAUCGGUUAUUCUGUGGGAUAUGGAAGAUGGUUCGCCCCACACAACGAUUCGGAAAUUUGAGGAAAAGGUGCAGACUCUCUCGUUCCACCCGACGAAGGCGGAAGCACUGCUCGUGGGAAGCUGCGAUGGCAAAGUGAAGGUUUUCGACUGCCGUGCGACCAAUGACGACAGCAGCAGUUACAAAACCUGGGAUUUGGGAGGAGAAAUCGAGCGAGUCUGCUGGAGUCGUCACAAUGAGAACCACUUUGUGGCCAGUACCAAUCAGGGGCGCAUCCACUAUGUGGACAUUCGCAACGACCAUCCGCUGUGGUCAAAGGAAGUGCACGAGAAGGAGAUCACGGGAUUGGUGUUGAGUUCGAAAGUUAAAGGGAUGCUUUCCACGGCCUCGUCGGAUGGAACGCUGAAAGUGUGGGACUUUGACGAUCAGGAUGCGCGGUUGGUUUACAAGAAAAAUCCGAAGAUCGGAGUAAUACAGUGCUUGGACGAGUGCCCGGAGAAUCCGUUCACUCUUGCGAUGGGCGGAGAUUUAAAGACGAAAAAUUUCUGCGUUGUCAAUCUUUUGGAUAAUGACGUUCUUACUAAUGUGUUUAAGUCGCGCUUCGAUCAAAACUACACUCAAACGGCGUCAGAAGGGGACUUGCAGAUUGAACCGCCAACGGAAGCAAUGGAAGAUGCUUCCAUAGAUGAUGACGAUGAUGGGGAGGACAGCGAGGAUUAGUUUUUAAUGAAAACUAUUUUGAAGGCUACAUGUUAUAUCUAGGAUUAUGCUUAUUUUGGUCUAUCGUCUUGAGAAUAUAUUGAUCUACAUCUAAAAAUGGAUUUCUGGAUUUCUGGGGCCGGGGAAGGUUCUUUUGAUGGUAAGAGACCCCUUCCCUCUCAGGAUGGAAGGGCUCUCGUACAAAUAAAAGACAUAUUUCAACCAAACAUGACAAUUGAGAAUUUUUGGAAAACUCAGAAGGAAAAUGAGAAUAUUCGAAAAAUUCAAUUCGCAUAUGUUCUACAAUUACAUUAUUAAAAGCGUCGUUAUUUCAUUUGAUGUUUGCGCUAACGAAA